AUGAGUAGCUUUGCUCUCAAGCGGGCCGUGAUGCGGAGUGUCUGCUGGCAGGACGGGGCCGAACGUGCGGAUGGGCAAGGCGCAAAGGUGCGUCAACCCGCCCCUCUGAGCUUGAACCAGGCUGGUUCGCGCGAGGAGGGCGAGUGCAGGGCGGUGUCAUGUGCCGAGUGCGCUGAAUCUCGGUUCGGGACGAGGGCAAGUCGCCCCCAUUUCCUCAGUCCGGGCCAGGCUUUCCUUCCGAGUCGUUUGCGCAAGGUCACCAAAGACGGAGGCUUGAGCGUGUGGGUUCCAGGAGCCCACAGGAGCCCGACAAGAAGGACCGUCAGCCCACCUCCGCGCACGCUGACACCCCUGUCGAGCUGCGAUCGCCAUGGCAAGGUGGGCACGAGAGAUGUCGAGUUGAGCUGCGAGCGCUGCGCCAGCAUUUUCCUCGAGGAAAGCACGGUGCCGCCCAGGUCUGAACUGGCAAAGCGACGCUCAGUGCCAGCCUAUUCUCGUCGACCACCAAUACCCACAAGCACGGCUACGACUGCCACAGCUGGUCCCCCAGAACUCCCUAGAAAACAGCGCACCACCCCCAGCCGCCCCGAGGACAACAUCACACAAUGGCAGAACCGAUUUUGGAGGGGCCCCACAAGGCUUUACAUCUGGGCUUUCUGCUCCCCACAGACAACCCGCCAGGUUGACUUCGGCACGUUCGAGACCAGCUGGGGCGCCUUCCAGAGCUCCAAGACCCUCGGGCAGCCGCUCGGCGACUGCGUGUUCGGCUGCAUUCACGCCGACUCCCGCUGUCACCACAAGAAAGACAUGUUGGAAAAGCUGCUUGGGUACAGCCGUGGUGGCCCCUCGGCCGGGGGUUUCAUGGAGAUACGCGACUCCGGGAUGGCUCUCACCGUCAUCACCCGCGGCCCGAAAGAGCCCUCGUCGGAUUACAUCCGCGGCAUGGUCACCAUGGUCAACUUUGCCUUCUUCGACUCGCUGCUGCUUCCCAUGUUCAUUACCCUCCCCGUGAUGCAGGGCCCCGGCUCGAUCAGAAUCGCCAUGAUCAUGAUGCUUUGCCUCGUCGUCGCCACCAGCUUCGUCGUACAGCUCUUCAUGUGCCGCCAGGUGGCCUUCUACCGCCUGAUCCUCGUCCUCGGCGUGAGUCUGAGCGUGCGGUACUGGUACACGACCCAGUUGUGUGGCUCUGGUUUGCUGGCAAAACUGUGCCCCCAAUGCCUCACACAGGCCACGACCUGA